UUCAUUAACAUUCGUAUCUACCACGCCCCAAAAGAUAGCUAAAACCAAAAAAAAAAAAAAUUUCAUUUUCAUCUCUUUAAAGUCAAACUCACACAUUUUUUUUUCCUGACAGUCUCUCUGAGUCACACCACCACAACAACAACAAACCUCUCUCUCUCUCUCUCUUUUUCUAUCUUUCUCCUUCGAGCUCGAUUUCACAAAAACGGUUAAAAAGAUUCCCAAUGCCGUCGGAAUCUUCAUCACCGUACAAACUCCACCGUCCGGCGAAACCCGGAGUAAGAAGAUCUCGACGAGACUCAAGCCCUGACUCUAUAAUCUUCACACCGGAAUCUAAUCUCAGUCUCUUCUCUUCCGCUUCCGUCAGCGUCGAUCGUUGCUCCACUACCUCCGACGCUCAUGACCGUGACUCUCUCGUCUCCGGUCCUUCUCUGGAGCGAGAUCAGAGGGUUGGUUCGUCAAGCUGUAAAGAUCUAGAUCUAGACAAGCGUGGAACAGGGUGGAAGAAUAGUCGUAACGCUAGAAAAAAUUCAAAUAAAGUGAAAGCAGCUUGGAAAGAGGAGUUUGAGGUUAACAAAGAUGAUGAAAGCCAGAAUCUUGAUGAUUCAGCUAGGAGUUCUUUCUCUGUAGCUCUUAGAGAAUGCCAGGAACGAAGAUCUAGAUCUGAAGCGCUGGCGAAAAAGCUAGAUUACCAAAGGACUACUUCAUUGGAUCUUAGUAAUGUAGUCUCUUCGUCUCCAAGAGUGGUAAAUGUAAAGAGAACUUCAGUUUCAACUAAUAAAUCGAGUGUGUUUCCUAGUCCGGGAACUCCGACUUAUCUGCAUAAUAUGCAAAAGGGUUGGAGCUCAGAACGGGUACCUUUACGUUCAAACGGGGGUAGGAGUCCGCCCAAUGCUGGUUUUUUACCUUUAUAUAGUGGUAGAACAGUUCCUUCUAAGUGGGAAGAUGCAGAGAGAUGGAUAGUUAGUCCUCUUGCUAGGGAAGGAUCUGCCCGAACUUCAUUUGGAGCGUCACAUGAAAGGCGACCUAAAGCAAAGAGUGGUCCAUUAGGACCUCCAGGAUUUGCAUAUUAUUCGUUGUAUUCCCCUGCGGUUCCUAUGGUUCAUAGCGGGAACAUGGGCUGCUUAACGGCAAGCUCUCCAUUUUCAGCUGGUGUGUUGCCAGACACUGUCUCUUCUAGGGGUUCUACUGCAUCAGCAUUUCCUCAACGAAUCGAUCCUUGCAUGGCUAGAUCGGUUAGCAUUCAUGGCUGUUCUGAAACACUUCCACGCUCAUCCCAAGAUGACAUUCAUGAAAGUAUAAAGGAUGCUGCUACUGAUGCUCAAGCUGUCUCAAGAAGGGAUAUGGCGACCCAGAUGAGUCCCGAGGGAAGCAUCUGCUUAUCCCCUGAGAGACAGUGUUCAUUCUCUCCCUCCUCUCCAUCAGCACGACCUGUUUCGGAACUACUGAAUGCUCGAUCCAACCGAGCAGAAGUCAAAGACUUACAGGUUGAUGAGAAGGUAACCGUAACUCGCUGGUCAAAGAAGCACAGAGGUCUAUACUAUGGAAAUAGUUCAAAAAUGCAAGACCACUUAAAUGGCAAAGCUAGGGAUCCUCAAGGCCUGACAUGCGCAAAGACCGAGGAAGCCAGCAUCAUAUCUUGGGAAAAUUUGCAGAAAGCUAAAGCCGAGGCAGCAAUAAGAAAGCUAGAGAUGAAACUGGAAAAGAAAAGAUCAUCGUCAAUGGAAAAAAUAAUGAGAAAAGUGAAAUCAGCAGAGAAGAAAGCAGAGGAGAUGAGGAGGUCGGCGUUAGACAAUAAAGUCUCAACCGCAUCCCAUGGUAAGACUUCAUCUUUCAAAAGAAGUGGGAAGAAGAAAAUGCCUUCCCUUAGUGGUUGCUUCACCUGUCAUGCAUUCUAGUUGCCCUUUUUCCGAAGAAAACACGGUAAAUGAACACUCUUCUUCACUCAUUCGUACGCGUAAGAUUUCGUGUUCUUAUUCCUACAUUGUAAUAAUAUACACUUUUGAUCGUAAGUAGCUGUUAAUCGAUUCCAAUACACGCGCUUAUAAGUACAUUUGUAUGUUAGUUACUAGCCGAGUAAUAUACCCGAGGGAUGAGUCUACCCCUUUCCACCUUUGUUGGUUCCUUGUGAGGUGUUUAGAGGUGAAUUGAUCCCUUGAGAGGACAAGAUUUUUCUUACUUACCAAUCACAUAUGCCUCGUUGUUUUCAUUA